AGAUUACCCCCGCUCUCUAUCUCAGAUUAGGAUUACUGAGUAUAAUCCAAUUUACCCAAGGAAAAGAACAUGGCAUUGACAUCCCAGGCUAGAUCGUCAUAUAGUUUGCUUCCAGAAAUGAUGGGGUGUAAAAGUGUUAUGAAUAACAAUAUGGGGGUAAUCAACACAAAUGAAAUUAGAUUUGGGUUCUGUUCAUUUUCAUGGAAUUCUUCAAGUAUAAAGCAAGGGGUGCGUUUGGAUUGUCCCAGAGUAGGAUCUAGGAGAGAAUACAAGUUGAUUGUUGCUGCAAGUCCCCCUACAGACGAUCUUGCUACUUCCUCCGAGCCGUUAACGAAAGCAGACCUUGUUGGAUACCUUGCUUCCGGCUGCAAGCCAAAGGAAAACUGGAGAAUAGGCACAGAGCAUGAAAAGUUUGGUUUUGAGAAUGAUACUCUGCUACCCAUGAAGUAUGAACAAAUAGCCGAGUUGCUUAACAGCAUUGCUGAGAGGUUUGAUUGGGAUAAAGUAAUGGAGGCUGACAAAAUAAUUGGACUAAAACAGGGAAAGCAGAGUAUAUCACUGGAGCCUGGUGGUCAAUUUGAGCUUAGUGGUGCACCACUUGAAACUCUGCAUCAAACUUGUGCAGAAGUUAAUUCACAUCUUUACCAGGUAAAGGCUGUUGCAGAGGAAAUGGGAAUUGGAUUUCUUGGAAUUGGUUUCCAACCAAAAUGGGGGCUAAAAGACAUACCAAUAAUGCCAAAGGGGAGAUAUGAGAUCAUGAGAAACUAUAUGCCGAAAGUUGGCUCACUUGGACAUGAUAUGAUGUUUAGAACCUGUACAGUUCAAGUGAAUUUAGACUUCAGCUCUGAAGCUGACAUGAUAAACAAGUUCCGUGCUGGUCUUUCGUUGCAGCCUAUUGCUACAGCAUUGUUUGCAAAUUCACCUUUUACUGAAGGAAAACCAAAUGGUUAUCUCAGUAUGAGAAGCCACAUCUGGACUGACACAGAUAUCAAUCGUACUGGCAUGCUCCCCUUUGUCUUUGAUGAUUCAUUCGGGUUUGAGCAGUAUGUAGACUAUGCACUUGAUGUCCCUAUGUAUUUUGUGUAUCGGAAAAAGAAUUAUAUUGAUUGUACUGGAAUGUCCUUCAGGGAUUUUAUGGCAGGGAAACUGCAGCCUAUUCCUGGAGAAUAUCCCACACUCAAUGAUUGGGAGAAUCAUCUCACAACAAUAUUUCCUGAGGUCAGGCUCAAAAGGUACUUGGAAAUGAGAGGUGCUGAUGGUGGACCUUGGAGAAGGUUAUGUGCAUUGCCUGCUUUUUGGGUGGGUUUAUUGUAUGAUGAUAUAUCUUUGCAAAGUAUUAUGGACAUGAUAUUAGAUUGGACCACAGAAGAAAGAGAGAUGUUGAGGAACAAGGUACCUACUAGUGGGUUGAAUACACCAUUCCGAGAUGGUUUGCUCAAGCACGUCGCCCAAGAUGUUGUAAAGCUGGCAAAAGGAGGUCUGGAAAGACGAGGCUUUAAGGAAACAGGGUUUCUAAAUGAAGUAUCUGACGUUGUCAAUACAGGUGUUACACCAGCUGAGAAGCUUCUGGAUUUGUACUUCGGAAAAUGGGGACAGAAUGCGGAUCCUGUUUUUGAGGAGCUACUUUAUUGAUGCUGACAGAGAAUCUAUAGGCGUUUGGUGUUUAAAUUUGUAAUACUGUCAUUCUUCAAUUUUCUGAAUAAAGGUUUGCAAGACAAAGGUGUAUUUGAUCCAAAUCAUCUAGGUCCUCGAUAGAUCUUUUCUGUUCUUGACCAGUGCUAUUUUAGAAUCACUUCAGUUCAAGUUCUCUAAUUUGAUCCAAAUUCUAUUGGAAAUUGCCUGAAAUAGGACUAAACGAGUUUGUGUAUUCCAAAACAUGACUAUCAAGUUUUUAUUCCCUAAAAAAAGUACCAGACUUUAAACGUGACA